AUGUUUCCACCUCCAACCACGUGGAAUGCCGUGCAACUAGCAGUCAGGGCAGCCGAUGAUCCUCAGGCGCAGAAUAUGGAUAUCGAUAAUUACAUCGAGCCACCUCAAGUGCUCUUUCCACAGGACGGCCGCCCUGGCCCCGCUCAGCUGAAUGAUGCUGCAGCGGCUGCCGCAGUCAUGGUGAACACAGCCUUUACCCGAGAAGGACAUAUCUUUACUGAGGGUGAAUUCGUCAGCCAUGGUUUCUUCGAGCUAUUCCACUUUGCAGCCUUGAGCGAACCGCCUGUACUUCCAUCCUGGAGAUAUGAAAUGCGCCGUGUCCCUCACGACAUCCUCCCCUUCCUGUCACUGGGCCCUUUGGGUUGUCUCAGAGAUCAUCAGCUACUGCAAAACGAAGGGUUCACCCUCCUACUCGGAAUCCGAAGUCACCAAGCUGCCAGGGCAGGCCUACUUUCUGGGGACAAGGCCGCCAGACAACUUGGUAUCUCCGCUGACACCGUUGACUUUCUCGACAAUCAGGAGAUGAUCUCCCUUCUUCCUCGAGCCAUCCGACGUAUCAAUGACCAUCUCGCAGGACUUGAUGACAAUGGACCUGACUUCUCAGAUCCAUCAAGCUCCCGCUGGGCCGACGUACCAAAGAAGGUUCUCGUGUUCUGUGAGACGGGAAACGAUCGCUCGGCCAUAGUCAUCAUUGCUUACUUGAUGGUCAUGCUCAACCUGACUGCCGCCGUCGCUACCGAUACAGUUCAACAAACCCGACCCUCUUUGUACCUGUCAGAAGAACAUAAAAGUCUUCUUCGUGCGUUUGAGUCCAUCUUGGCCGCAAAACGGGAUGUUGAGAGAGAAAGUCGGGCAGAUCGGCAGGUUGUUCAAAGAUCAGCCGGAGAUCUUGGCACGACAGGUGAUCCGUCCACACUUCUCUCCCACAAGCGCACGUUUUCGGAGCAUCAAGGCUCUGAACCCGAUCUCCAGCAACAUCAAACCCGGAUGAUGAGUGAGCCCGAUGGUCCCAUUGAUAGACGGCCACCACCACCAUCUCAGAGUCAGUUUGACUAA